UUUCUGCUAUUCUCCUUAUCCUGUAUGUUGUAUGCUAUCUCUUAUUGUAGAUACUAAGGGAGAUUAACAGAAGUUAAGGUUAUUGAGAAUGAAGUGUAUGAGUAGUUUAUUUUCUCUUAUUGUAUAUUAGCACUUGUUCUGUAUAUUUACAUGAAGUAUAUAAGACAACGAUCAACUCAAAAGAAGUCUAGCAUUAGAUCAAAGGGGAACUUCAUUACUAAGAGCAAAAGAGCUUGGGUUCUGGAGCCAUUGGAAAAGUUUUACAAGAUAGUAGAAUUAGUUUUGAGUAGGUAGUCCAUUUGGUACAGGAGAAAUAAUGUAACUAAGCCUGAUGCUAGAUAUGCUGAAUUCAUGUUCUGCAGAAUUAAUGAGUGAAGUCCAAGGAAAAACAGGUUAAGAGUAGGAAAAAUUUAUUGAGAUAACUCCUGGGAGGCAGGAGUUGCCAAAGAGCCCACUUCUCAAAGGAAGUUUUUACAGCAAAAUCAUGAAGUCAGUACAACAUGGGUCAAACUAUAAUCAACCAAGAUGUGCAAGUUUACAGUCAUGCAGGCGUCAGUCGAAGUGUUGCUAUAGUGACUGCUUUUGUGAUGAAGACUGACCAGCUGACUUUUGAAAAAGCCUAUGAGAUCUUGCAGGCUCUCAAGCCAGAAGCUAAAAUGAAUGAGGGGUUUGAGUGGCAACUGAAAUUAUACCAGGCAAUGGGAUAUGAAGUGGACACCUCCAGUGCAAUUUAUAAGCAAUAUCGUUUACAAAAGGUUACAGAGAAGUAUCCAGAAUUGCAGAAUUUACCUCAAGAACUCUUUGCUGUUGACCCAACCACCAUUUCACAAGGAAUGAAAGAUGAAGUUCUCUACAAAUGUAGAAAGUGCAGACGAUCCCUUUUUCGAAGUUCCAGCAUAUUGGCUCAUCAUGAAGGAAGUGGUCCUGUAGCCUUUGCUCACAAGAGGACGGCACUGUCCCUUUCGCUUAGCCCAGGCAGUCAGGCUCAGUGCACCUCCUACUUCAUCGAGCCUGUGCAGUGGAUGGCAGCUGCAUUGCUGGGAGUGAUGGACGGACAGCUUCUUUGCCCAAAAUGUAGUGCUAAGUUGGGUUCCUUCAAUUGGUAUGGUGAGCAGUGCUCCUGUGGUCGAUGGAUCACCCCGGCGUUUCAAGUACAUAAGAACAGAGUGGAUGAAAUGAAAACGCUGCCAGCUUUGGGAUCACAAACAAGAAAAUGAUGGACUUGUGACAUUGGGUAACGUGGAAAGAAACCUGUUGGUGAUUCGUGUUACCUUUGCUUAUCAUCAUUCAUGGCUGAAUAGCUAGUGUUUAGGCCAUUUCAUUUGGAAUGUGAGAAGACAAAAAUCACUUGAUGUUACGUGGAAUUAUGCUUUAUUAUAUAUUACAUAAUAUAAGUAGAAUAUAUGACAAAUUUUUAAUCAUGUACAUUUUAUUUGAUUUGAUAUUAAAAGCAUUUAUAAACCAGA